AUGGCUACUCGUCCUACUGGUGCCGAUUACCGUGCCGAACUUCAAAAAGCUGGUUUAUCCGAAAAAUGCAUUGCUGGUCUGAUGAAUGUCGGAGGGACCGCCUAUGUGAAUUUCGAGAAAAACUACGGACUAUCUCCGAAUUUCCAAGAUGCCAUUGAAGCUGUGUGUAAAAUGUUCAUGGAGAACAAGAAAUUCAUGAAAAGCCAAUCGGAGGAGGAUCAAAAGAAAUAUGCGAUUCAUUUGGAGAAUCAGAAGAAGAAAGAGGAAUUUUAUUUGAUUGAUUGA